GAAUGCAUGAGUGUGUGUGUGUGUGAGAGAGAGAUAGAUCGAGCCUUGUUUACAGCGUCAAUUCAACGGAGAGAGACUACAGGAUCUACUCUACAUCCUUCACAUCUCCUAAAUGAACACAGAUCCGAUCCCUCACUCAUCAUCAUCUGUGUCCUCCAUUGGCCGCGUCUCGAAGGGAAAAAUCAAGGUCUGAAAUCUCAGACUGAAGAUGGUGGGAGGCAGAGAGAGACCAUUUUAAAGCCUGGACGGAUGUUAUUUGGUAUCUUUCGGAGUUUCUCCGCCGAUUUUAGGCCUUUAAGAACGCUGGAUGAGAAGUGCUAGGUUUCUUGCAGCUGAUGAAGAUCACAGACAGGCACACUCCUCCAGACUGUUUUAACCAGCGGAUCUAAACGGGUUUCACCGGACUACAGCUAAAACCAGCCUGCGUGGAGACCUACAACGUGUUUUUCCACAUUUUCCCACGACAUGGAGCAUGGAAUUGCGGAUUAUCGAGCCGUUACGUGUUUUUCUGGGUUAUUAUUACAUAUAUCGACGAGGAAAAGCUGUCGAGAAUAAUAUUAAACACGGUUAAGCAGCGCGAGAAUCAGUGCGGGUGAAUCCGCCUCAUGGUGAGGGCAAAGCGGGCUGGGUCUGCUGGAUAAUCUCGCUGGGGUGUCUGGAGGAUCAUUUAUCCCAGCAAAAACACAUCGAAGAUGGACGAAAUUGGUUUUGUUUGAUUACUUCCAGCUGCUGUGCAUCUUUUUUUUUUCACCCCCUCCAUAAGGAGGAACCAAUCUGGAUAAACCAACUUAAAUGAUAUAUUUUUUUUUUGUACUGAAAAGACUUCAAGCAUCAUCCACUUUGAAGGGUUGAGAGCUGUCUCCCCUGUUUUGUUAUAUUUAUAAUUAUUUUUUAAAACAAGUUUUUGCCUUGUUUUUGUACAGGAAUGAGGUCUAGCAGACAGUGGCGAUAUUGGACCUUGUUUUGUGGUCUGGUCCUGGUCCUCUCGACACUUUGUCAUGGAGAAAUCUGUGGUCCAGGCAUUGAUAUUGGUAAUGACAUCAGUAAUUUCAAGCGGCUGGAGAACUGUACGGUGGUUGAGGGAUACCUGCAGAUCCUCCUCAUUGGAAGCAAAAACAAUAACAACCAGGAGGUCUUCCGCACCCUCAGUUUCCCCAAACUGACCAUGAUUACGGAUUAUCUUCUCCUCUUCCGCGUAUCCGGGCUGGUCAGCCUCAGCACCCUCUUUCCAAACCUCGCCGUGAUCCGGGGCCGUAACUUGUUCUACAACAACGCCCUGGUCAUAUUUGAGUUAACCAGCCUGAAGGACAUCGGCCUGUACAACCUGCGGAACAUCACGAGGGGCGCGAUACGAAUUGCGAAGAAUCCAGAGCUCUGCUACCUGGAAUCUAUAGACUGGUCUCUCAUUAUGGAUGCUGAAUUUAACAUUUUCAUUGAUGUAAAUAAGCAGCCAAAGGAGUGCGGAGAUGUUUGCCCGGGAAUCAUGGAGGACAACCCUCUGUGUAUCAAGACGAACUUCAACAGCAAUGAAAAUUACAGAUGCUGGACCUCCAACCAUUGCCAGAAAGUUUGUCCAAAGGGGUGCGGACAGCGGGCGUGCACGGGUUCGGGCGAGUGCUGCCACCCGCAGUGCCUGGGCAGCUGUACUGUGCCCGACAGCGACAGGGCCUGUGCCGCCUGCCUGCACUACUAUCACGAGGGCCGCUGCGUGGAGGACUGUCCACUCGGCACGUACAAGUUUGAGGGCUGGCGCUGCAUCACCAAGGACUUCUGCUCCAAGGUCCACCUGCCUGAUUACGACCGCUUCGUCAUCCACGGAGGAGAGUGUAUGUCCGACUGCCCACCCGGCUUCACGCGUGAUGAGAACCGCAGCAGCAUGUUCUGCACUGCCUGUGACGGCCUGUGUGACAAGAUCUGUGAUGAAAAGGUCAUUGACUCAGUGGACGCGGCUCAGUCCCUCAAGGGCUGCACCGUUAUCAAAGGCAACCUGCAUAUCAACAUCCGCCGCGGCACUAACAUAGCCUCGGAGCUGGAGAACUUCCUGGGACUCAUCAAGACAGUGACGGGAUACAUUAAGAUACGUUCAUCACAUGCCCUGAGCUCGCUCUCGUUCCUCAAGGGCCUCAGAUACAUCCAUGGAGAGGAACUAUGGGAUGACAUGUAUGCCUUUGCUGCCUUGGAUAACCAGCAUCUCCAGCUUUUGUGGGACUGGUCCCAGCACAAUCUCACCAUUAAUGCUGGAAAACUGUAUUUCCGCUUGAACCCCAAACUCUGCAUGUCCGAGAUCCACAAAAUGUGGGAGAAAACGGGAAUUAAGGAGAAGUUUUUGGAAGGAGAUUUCCGCAACAAUGGAGACCGUGCAAGCUGUGGGAGUGAAAUCCUAAAGUUCAUAUCGAAUACCACGAGUAGUAAUAGAAUCAAGCUGACGUGGGAUGGUUUUCGACCAGCCAACUCCAGAGACCUUGUCAGUUUUAUUGUAUACUACAAAGAAGCGCCUUUCCAGAACCUGACUGAGUUUGAUGGUCAGGACGGUUGUGGAUCUGACAGCUGGAACAUGGUUGACGUGGAUUUACAGGAAGACAAAACCCAAAACCCGAGUGUUACGCUCACCAUGCUGAAGCCCUGGACUCAGUAUGCUAUCUUUGUUAAAGCUGUAACAUUAGUCGUGGAGGACAGGGACAGGGACAAGGACAGACAGCGUCUUGGGGCGAAGAGUGAAGUGGUAUACAUUUGGACUAAACCAUCAGCACCCUCAAUGCCGGUAGACAUUCGUGCAUACUCUAAUUCUUCAUCAAAGCUGGUGGUGCGGUGGUCUCCACCUGUGUCCCCCAACGGAAACACCACCUACUACCUGCUCCGCUGGAAGCAGCAGAGCGAGGACCGUGAGCUCUACCAGCACAACUACUGCUCUAAAGAACUGAAGAUCCCAAUCAGGAUUUCAGCCACGGGUUUGACAGAAAUCGAGGAGACCAAACCCACCAAUCCUGAAGCAGGGGGGCGGGACAAAGGUCCCUGUUGUCCAUGCCCUAAAACAGAGCAGGAUCUGAAGCGAAUCGAGGAAGACAUCUACUACCGCAAAGCUUUUGAGAACUUCCUCCACAAUGCCAUAUUCACCCCCAGACCUCCUGACAGGCGACGGCGGGAUCUCUUUGGUGUGGCCAAUGCUACUUCCCUCCACACUCUGUUGGCGGGAAACUGGAACCUGACGGAGGGAAACUUCUCAGAUAACGAGCCGCCUAGACAGGAAUUUUCCUUUAUAGAAAAGAAGGUGAAGGAGCGUAGUGCUGACAUCGGCGGCCUGCAUCCCUUCACCGUUUACCGCAUCGAUGUGCACGCCUGCAACAAAGAGGUUCGACACUGCAGCGUAGCCGCAUUUAUCUUUUCCCGCACCAGAGCGGCAGAAAGAGCCGAUGACAUUCCUGGCCCUGUGACCUGGGAACAUCUGGAGGGUUCUGUGUUCCUGAAGUGGCCUGAACCACAAAAACCCAACGGCCUGAUCCUACUGUAUGAGAUUCAGUAUCGUCUUGGAACUGAGCCUGAUAAGCACGAGUGUGUAUCCCGCCAACAUUACAGGGAGCACAAAGGGGUGAAACUCUCCAACUUGGGAGCUGGGAACUAUUCUGCCCGUGUGCGGGCUACGUCCCUCUCUGGAAACGGGUCAUGGACAGAUCGGAUACCUUUCUAUGUGAAUCAGGUUGAACAAUCAAAUUAUGAGCACUACCUGUCCUACAUCAUCAUCCCUAUUUUCCUGAUUUGUGUCCUCGGCGCUGGAAUGGCUUUCUUCUGUUUUAACAAGAGACGAAACAGUGACAGGCUUGGAAACGGAGUCCUUUACGCAUCUGUUAACCCCGAGUACUUCAGCGCAGCAGAAAUGUAUGUGCCGGAUGAAUGGGAAGUGGAGCGAGAGAAAAUCACCAUGUGCCGAGAGCUUGGACAAGGAUCCUUUGGUAUGGUGUAUGAGGGCAUCGCCAAAGGUGUCGUCAAAGAUGAGCCGGAAACCAAGGUGGCCAUCAAAACAGUCAACGAAUCGGCUAGCUUGCACGAGCGCAUCGAGUUCCUCAAUGAAGCCUCUGUUAUGAAAGAGUUCAACUGUCACCAUGUGGUGCGUCUGCUGGGUGUAGUCUCGCAGGGUCAGCCCACGCUGGUGAUCAUGGAGCUGAUGACACGAGGAGAUCUGAAGAGUUACUUGCGCUCGCUUCGAUCCGCUGAGAACACCUCCAGCUUGCCUUUGCCGCCACUGAAGAAGAUGAUUCAGAUGGCUGGAGAGAUCGCGGAUGGCAUGGCUUACCUCAAUGCCAACAAAUUUGUUCACAGAGACUUGGCAGCAAGGAAUUGCAUGGUGGCAGAGGAUUUUACUGUCAAAAUUGGUGACUUUGGUAUGACACGGGACAUUUAUGAGACUGAUUACUACAGAAAAGGAGGCAAGGGACUGCUGCCUGUGCGCUGGAUGUCUCCUGAGUCCCUCAAAGAUGGAGUUUUCACCACCAUGUCUGAUGUCUGGUCCUUUGGGGUGGUGUUGUGGGAAAUAGCCACCCUGGCCGAGCAGCCCUAUCAGGGCAUGUCCAAUGAGCAGGUACUGCGGUUUGUCAUGGAGGGAGGACUGCUAGACAAACCUGACAACUGCCCUGACAUGCUGUUUGAACUGAUGCGCAUGUGCUGGCAGUACAACCCCAAAAUGCGGCCGUCCUUCCUGGAGAUCAUCAGCAGCAUCAAGGACGACCUGGAGGCGGGUUUCAAGGAGAUGAGCUUCUUCUACAGCGAGGAGAACAAACCUCCGGACACGGAAGAGCUGGACAUGGAGAACGUGGGAGCCAUGGAGAACGUUCCUCUGGAGCCGCCCUCCAGCCUGCAGCCCCUGGCGCCCUCUCUGGCCUCCCCUCAACAGUGCGCCCCUGCGUCCCAGGGCUCCUCCACCCCGGCCGGCCCAUCCUCACCGCCCUCCUCCCCCAGCUCCACGGACAAGCACCCGCUCCCCGCGUCUGCGGCGAACGGGCCCUCGAUGGUUCUCCGGAGCCCGUUUGACGAGACCCAGCCUUACGCUCACAUGAACGGGGGCCGAAAGAACGAGCGUGCCUUGCCUCUGCCCCAGUCGUCGGCUUGCUGAUCGAUGGUUUCCGGACACGUCUCUGUCUGUCAAGCCACUGUGUGGUCUCCUGAGAAGAAAUAUGAAAUUAAGAGACAAGGAAAAACAAAAUGGUACAAACUGGGAGUCCAAGGCAAUCGAUCUUUUCAAUCAUACCUCAACGGACAAAGUUUGGAUUUCUUUGUUUUUUGUGUUUUGUCGAUUGAAUCGGUGAAUUGAUUGACAUGAACGCAGACUGGAUCACUGACUGAAAACCCAUGACCUUCACUCUCGCACUCGAUAGGCUGUUCUAGACUGUUUUUGUUACGUUUUGUUACUUUUCUAAACUUCCAAAACUGGUUUGAAGGCCUGUCAGAGCCAGUGGUGGUACGGUGGCAUUAUUACGACACGCUCUGCAUAUCUCUAAGCCAAUCCAACAGCAUCUUGUUUCCAAUGACAUGCGUCUAAGUUAGAGAUGUUUUUUCUCCCGGCCGUCUUAGAAGUUCGUUCCCAUGACCCAACUCCGAUCGGGGUAUGGAGAUCUUCAGCUUCCUUUUCCUGGAAAUCAUCUGGCUGCGCAACUUUUGUGGAGAAGAAAUUCUCAAAUCUGCCAAAUGUUUGUUCUUUUUUUAUGUUGCCAAAUUGUCGUUUAAUUCCCCUUGCAUCCUUAUUCCUCAAAAUACACACGGCAGUUUUUACCCUGGUGAUCCAAACCUGCUUAAAGGAAUAGUUCCUCCAAAAAUGUAAAUGUGCAAAAAAUGUACUCACCUUCAGGCCAUCCAAGAUGCAGAUGUUUCCUAAUCAGAACAAAUUUGGAGAAAUUUAGCAUUACUUGCUCACCAAAUGGAUCAUUUGCAGUGAAUGGGUGCCGUCAGAAUAAGAGACCAAACAGCUGAUAAAAACAUCACAAUCAUCCACACCACUCCAGUCCAUCAGUUAACAUCUUGUGAAGUGAAAAGCUGUGUGUUUGAAAAAAAAAAUAAUAAUAAUAAUUUCAAACUGUUCUAUCCGGCUAAAAUAUAACACUUCCUCCAAUUACUUGUGGAUUAUUGUGAUGUUUUUAUCAGCUGUUCAGACCCUCAUUCUGACGGCACCCAUUCACUGCAACGGAUCCAUUGGUGAGCAAGUGAUGCCAUGCUACAUUUCUCCAUGAAGAAACAAACUCAUCUACCUCAGGGUGUGUUUUUUGGGUGAACUGUUCCUUUAAAAUCAAUAGAAAGAUUUCCCAGAUUCCUACUUUUCUGUCUUCUUGUUUAGGAUUAGACUCAUUCCGCGCUGAAUAAUUGCUAAGUCGAACAACAGAUGCAGCAGAUGUUGAAACUUUAAAAGGGAUUUGGAUUAAAAAAAAUAAAAAAAAGAAGCUGAAAAGGUUUAAAAUUGUGGCUUUGCGGAGUUAAAAUGUUAACUAGCUUGGUUGUUCAGUCGUACGUCGGACCACAGAGCGUGUGCAUCGUUUGUCGGUCACUUUUGUACCUUUUUUACAGUUCAGAUUGAUCAUCUAUAUGUCUGUGCUAAAAAAGCUGCUAUUUUGUUAUUGUUUUUCUUUUGUGGUUGUAAUAUAUAUAUAUAUAUAUAUAUAUAUAUAUAUAUAUAUAUAUAUAUAUAUAUAUAUAUAUAUAUAUAUAUAUAUAUAUAUAUAUAUAUAUAUAUAUAUAUACACACACCUAUAUAUAUAAAUGUAAAAAGAUUUUUCAGGUGUAAUCCUUUGCCUUUCCACUACAGUCCAUUUUAUGAUGCUUAUAGUUCUGCAAAAUGAGAAAAACAGUAGGAGGUUCAUUCUUACAGUUGAUUUUUGCAAUGAAAAGUUGUUCAAUCCCUUCUGUUUUGAUAGAUUCGCUCUCUUUAAAAGCUAAACUGGCAGUGAACACGAUCUUCUGUCUUCAUUGCCAGUAACGGCGGCACCCAGUGACAUGAUUCUGUAACAGCUCGACACUGUCUCUCUCAUCACAUUAAUGCGCAACAAAUACUCUCAGGUCAGAAUCCUAAACGUUUGGGUCUCAGACCCGAUGUGUUCUUGUCUCGCUAUUCAUUCCUCUUUAAAAAACGGAGUAUGACUUAAAAUUUGGCAAAUUUUGGAUUGAUUUCAUUGCUUAAACCUAGACUCGUCUCAUUCUUUACAUUGAUUGUUCAGCCUUAUUUGUGACUGAUCCUUCCGCAAUUGAAAGACCCUCAUCUUCUCAACUCUGCGUUUCCUUCCGAGCAGAGCCCGAUAAAUGAUUAUACAGAUAUGAUUCAGCAUAUCUCUAUGCAGAAGUUGUGUUUGUAACAUAGGUCACUUAUAUCGAUUUAAGAGUUUUUUUUUUUUUUUUUUUUUUCAAAGGAUUUUUCAAAGGAAAAACUGUCACUUUUCAUUUUCCUCCUUUUUUAUGUAUCUAUAUAUAAAGUACAUCUGACCUUUUUCAUGAAAAGGACAAUAUUACUGCUCUCUGUAUCUGGGUAAAACCUCAUAAACGCUACAAACCACAAUCUCGGAGUGGAGAAAUUACCGAGUUGGGGACAUUUUGUACGACUAGCUGCUUUCUUUCCUAUCGGAUCUUGCUUAAUAUUGUUGAUUAUUUAUUUGUGAGAUUAAAACAAGAACAGGUCUGACAACUGACUCUAAAUGUGCUGGAAUGUUUCAUUUAUCCAUCUUUUAACUGGGGGGGGGGGGGGGGUCACUAGAUGGAAUAAUUAGAAUGGAUUUAUUUUUUAAGUAUAUACUGGUUGUGAUCUCCUCUCCCUUUCAUGUCUCUGAAUCCCACUGUUGGCAUUGUUCUAUUUAAAUUUUUCUUGUCACGCAUUCAUUGGAAUUUUACAUCUGCAUCAGAAACCAAAUGUUCAUUGAAACAAACCCUUCGAUUAUAAACGGAUGUACAGUUUUUGCUGCUAUCAGGUGCAUCAGAUGUGCAUUACGAAGAGGUUUGUCUUGGGUUAUAUGAAUAUUUUUGUAAAAUCUAAACAAAAUAUCAGCACGCAAAACCAUUUCAGUGUAAUUUAAAUAAAGCAGAUGUGAUAUAAAGGCGAAUGGUUGGGGAAAUGCUGGUAUCUUUCGCAGUUAUCGUUCAUGCAGAUACUGAGCUGAUUAAAUUGAAAUAAUAUUGUGAAAUAUGUAAAUCCAGAACAAAUAAAGAUCCUGAAUUUUUCACUCGAAUAUCUUUAUAUAAGGGAAAUGUUUAUAAUUGCGAAGAGUUUUGGAGAAAAAUGACGAAAAUUAUGAUCGUGUAGUGCCACCAAUGUAAUGUCCUUCCGAUGUUGGUAAUUUUUCCUGGUUUUUGUUUCUCACAGAUUGAACAAGACACCAUCCUAAUGCUCCUCUCUGACCAUCUCUUAAUAUACAACACCCGACCAAUGGCUGAUUUGUCCCAUCCAGAUCUGUUAACUAUGGGCUAGAUAUUCUCAGGGCUGAAGGUGGCUUUGUACCCUGCUGCUGGAAACUGCUGCUCUCUAUCAUCUGACAUCCAGACUGCUCAAGUGUGCUCUUAUGAGUGUGUGAGGGUUGAGAGGAGAGCAUUAGUGGUGUUUGUGAUCUGAUGGCGCCAUCUAGAAUGGGUUUCAUGUCAUUUCAUUUCAGUCCUCGAUGCCUCAUGUUUAGUUGUUCAGUUGAGACGUGUUGGAUGUGUAUGUGUUGGUAUAUAAAGAGGGUUACAGAUCCAGAAUGGGAGGGGAGAAUGGAGAGGUUUUGUGGUCCAAUUCUGUUCAAACCUGGCUGUUCUGAUUAAAAAAAAAAAGGCACUUA